AUGACGGAAGAAAAGGGACCAAGAAAAACGAAUUUUACUCAGAGAGAAAUCGAAAGGUUGGUGAACCUGGUGGCAGCAAAUUUUAAAACCAUCAGCAAUAAAUUUGGCGAUGCCAUAACACACAAAGCCAAAACCGACACGUGGAUAGGAAUUGCAGACAAAGUUAAUGCAAUUUCACCGUGCCACCGCUCCCUCCGUGGGGUGCAAAAAAAGUGGGCAGACGUGAAACUGCAGGCAAAGAAAAAGGCGGCCAAGCUACGAAAAAGGUUUCAAGCUACUGGGAACAUGUCCUUCGACAAUGGUGACGACGACGAUGACGAUGAUGUAACUCAUUUAACUGAAAUAGAGGAACGGAUAGUCGGGCUUCUUGGGAUCGAGCUUAUCAAUGGAAUUGAUGGUGGCAUCGAUACUGCCAUUUCGAAGAGAGUAAAAACGCCAUCAGCAUCCACCACAUCGAUUUGUCAGGAUCCCUAUGAUUCGCCGCCGAUAAGGAGCCCGAGCCCACCGUUGCGACCAGCUGGCAGUCCUACGUUACCGAGUUCAUGGGGAGGUUGUAAUCUAUAUGAUUCGCCAAGGAGCCCACCAAUCCCUACAAGAAGGCGAACGCCGACUCGAUCUCGAUCUCGUUAUAAUCCAUACGAUUCUCCAAUAAGGAGCCCAACACCACCACCACGGCCUAGGUCCAAAGGGAAGUCCAUAAACAGAUCUAAAAUGCCGAGUAAGCCGGUUACGCAGAAGGCGACCGAAAGCCAUAAGGGAACUGUUGCAUCCAACACAUUGAAGUCAGCAACGGCAUCGAGUAGUUCUGCGCCAUCUGCCGAAUUGGUAAAGAUAGAGGGUGAACGUCUUGAGAUAGACAAGCAGCGGCUUAAACUGGAAGAGCAGAGGGCCCGCUUCACAGAGAGAACGGUUGAGUUACUCGAAACGUUGGUGUCAUCACUCAUGCCUGCUGAGAAGGAUGAGCGCUCCGUCGUCCCACCUGCGCAAAACAGCAAUACCAUUCCUGCUUCCGUCGAUAAAUCAACGUGGGAUACUUCCUUUAACAUAUCUACUGCACUAAAAAAGGCCAUACCAGAGAAGUAA